CAACUUUUCUGAGCAAUGGAUCCCGAUCCCGUCACCUCCGAUGAGCCUAAGACCACCGCCACCAGAACAACAAUCACUCUGCCUCCCUUCACUCUCCAUUCGAUCCCUCAUCUCGGUAACCUCACCGUGGAGAACCCCAUCGACUUCAGCCCUUACUAUCACCCCUCCCCCUCCUUCUACCUCUCUUCGCACGAUCUCAUUCUCCGCCGCAUCCUCUUCGAUCUCUCCUCCGGCGAAGCCCUCGCCGAAGGCGACCCUAUCAUCGCCUACCACCGCGCCGGCCCCCGACGGAUGAUUCACUUCCCCCCAUUGAUCGUGCGGGCGGCGAUCGUCACUUGCGGCGGGUUGUGCCCCGGGCUGAACACGGUGAUCCGGGAGCUGGUGGUGGGGCUCUGGGAAAUCUAUGGCGUGCGUGAUAUCUUCGGCGUGGCUGCAGGGUACCGCGGGUUCUAUUCAUCGGAGCCGAUCCGAUUGGAACCGAAGAUGGUGGAUUCGUGGCACAAGCGAGGUGGCACCGCGCUCGCCACCUCCCGCGGUGGCUUUGAUCUGGAGAAGAUCGUCGAUGCCAUUGAGAAACAAGGGUUCAAUCAGGUGUAUGUAAUUGGUGGGGAUGGAACUAUGAGGGGUGCUGUCAAGAUCUUUCAUGAAAUUCAACGUCGAAAACUCGAUGUAUCAAUCACUGGGAUCCCCAAAACGGUGGACAAUGAUAUUGGCAUCAUUGACAGAUCAUUUGGAUUUCAAACUGCUGUGGAGAUGGCACUGCAGGCUAUCAAUGCAGCUCAUGUGGAGGCUGAGAGUGCAGUGAAUGGUAUUGGGCUUGUCAAGCUCAUGGGCAGGAGCACUGGCCAUAUAGCUCUCCAUGCCACAUUGAGCAGCCGUGAUGUGGAUUGCUGUUUGAUUCCUGAGAAUGACUUCUACCUGGAAGGCAGGGGUGGUCUGUUUGAGUUCCUUGAUCAGAGGCUGAAGAAGAAUGGGCAUGCUGUGAUUGUAGUGGCUGAGGGUGCUGGUCAAGAUAAGAUACCGAGGACUGACGCACAGAAGGAAGACAAGGAUGAAUCUGGGAAUCUUGUGUUUCUGGAUGUGGGAGUAUGGUUGAAGUCUGAGUUGAAUAGUUGGUGGGCUCAGGAACAUCCAGGAGAGCUUUUCACAGUGAAGUACAUCGACCCCACUUACAUGAUACGAGCAGUCCCAGCAAAUGCUAUUGAUAACAUGUAUUGUACAUUGUUGGCACAUUCAGCUAUUCAUGGGGUUAUGGCAGGUUAUACUGGAUUUGUCCCUGGUCCAGUAAAUGGUAACUAUGCAUACAUUCCAGUGGAGGAAGUUGCAGCAGCCAAAAACAUAGUUGACACGAAAGACCAUAAGUGGGCUUGGGUCCGAUCAGUGACAAACCAGCCAGAUUUUCUGAAGAUCUAGUGCUCUGCUGGCCAAGUAAUGUGUGGACUUCUAUGCAUCCUUAAUUAGCACCUUAGCAGAUGGUGGUUGGAUGAUGUAACACUUAAGCCUGAAAUACUCGGUUUGGCAUGUGCUUUCUCUAACUUUUAUGAUUUUCAUAAUUCAGAAAUGCUCUUUGAUCUCUCUCA